CUGAUCCAGCUUCGCACAGGGCACAUCCCCUUGAACAAACUCCUUCAUAGAAUAUUCUCAAUGUGUCCGGCCUGUGAAGAACGAGAGGAAUCAGUACACCACUUCCUAUUAUCAUGCCCAGUGUACACUAAUACGAGACGCAGAGCAAUCAUGAAUCUUUGA